CCUCCCCGCCGGCCCGGCGGCCGCGGCCUCUCCGGCCAUCACGUGGGUCCCCGGAAGACACGCAGGAGGAGGAAGCGCGGGGGCGUGCGGGUCCGCCUGUGCAGCGGGAGCCGCCCGCAUGGAGCCCAACGUGCACUUCUGGAUGACCCAAUGCCAAUCCUUUUUUCAGAGAUGUCUUCAGUGGACAGAAUUACUGGAUCCUACAAAUUUGUUCAUUUCCAUUAGCAAAAUAGAGAAGUCCAGGCAACUAUUGUUAACAAAUGAAGAUGGGUCUAUUCAUGACUUGCAGGACAAAAGGAUCCAAGAAGCUUGGAAAAGAAGUCUCGCAACAGUGCAUCCUGACAGCAGCAAACUGAUCCCCAGCUUUUUCCGACCUGCAGCUCUCCUGCCUUUCACGGCGCCCAUGGUAUUUCUGUCGCUGGUGCCAGUGAAAAGCCUAAAGUCUAUCGUUUUACCUCAGUUGUCUUUCUGUACCUACAGUACAGCGUUCAACGUCGUCAAUGGAAACGCAAGUUACAAUCGUCGCCCAUACGAGAGUAUAUUACUAGGGACAGGAGUGAUUGCUUCUACAGCCUUUUUUGGAUUAUUCCUUCGUUUGCUCCUCAUGAAGAGUGCCGUGAAAAACGUUUUCCUAAGGGAAACCUUGCCUGCCGCCAUUCUCACCCAGGUCAGUGCAAUGAAUGUUGCCGCAUCCCGAAGUUUUGAGCCCAUACGAGGGAUUGAGGUCAUGGACAAGGAAGGCAAUGUCGUAGGCUAUUCCAGAAAAGCUGGGACGAAGGCUGUCAGCGAUACCGCAACAUCCAGAGUCGUGCUGUUCGGGACCUCGGCUUUUAUUCCUGAAGUCUUCUCACAUUUUUUUAAAAACAUGGGGAGCCAGGAAGCCCCUGCGAGGAGCAUGUAAGGAGCGUCUUUUCAGGAAGUAGCAGCGUCCUGGGCAGCGUGAACUGUCAACUUCCCACAAUCAGUCCAGCUGGAUGGGUGUGGAGACUUCUGCUCGGUCAGGAUCUUCCUGGACCGCUCUGCUGGCCUCAGAGCUGGGCUCCGGGAAAGCUGGGGCCCUGGAUGCCUAUGUAAUGGCACUGGCUGUCUACUGGGGAGAGAUGGUCCUCGUUUCCCAGUGGGCCUUGGGGUGCCCAGGAGGACCCUGUGUCAUCCCACAACCAUGAUAGUAUCCAUGGCAGAGUGACUUCGGUGGCUGACUCAACCCUUCCUUUUUGCAUCUGAAUGAACCCAGAGCGCAGAAGGGGAAAGUGACUUGUCCGAGAGUGCCCGGUCUGUCUGAAGCAGAGCCCCGAGCGGACUCCAGUACCCCCUGGCUCUGACUGACUCCCAGGAUGGGGUUCUUUGCAUCUUCCCACAUUGUCUCACACUCUCAAAGGUCAGGGCCAGAAUGUCACAUCCGUGUCAGCAGAACCCCAGGCAGAGAGCACAGGCUCUAGGGCCUGACCUCUCACUUUGGAGCUGUGGGAUUUUGGACAAGUGACUUGACAGUGGCUAUAUUCUCUUGUGUAUGUGGGCUGUGGAGCGAUCAAAUGAGCAAAUGCACCUCUAGUCCUUCAUCCUGGGCCUGACACUGGUGAGCAAGACAGUUGGCCACCAGCAGAGCAGAGGGCCAGCCUCUAAAACAAGCCCUGUAACCUUCUCU